AACAGAAGAGACAGAAGAAAGGGACUGUAGGGGCGGGGUUUCGUUGGAGGCAAAAAUCCUGUUGUUUGGAGUUACAAAUAAGAUCGGAGUAAUACCUUGGUUGCGUUUAGCUGUGAAAGAGACAGGAAAAUUGAGGAGCAAACAUGGAUGCAGGUGAAGACCAAAGCACAGGAACUACCAAUGGAAAUCCUCAGACAAGUGGAAACUCCCGUGCACCCCAGAUAGCCCACAUGUCUCUUUACGAAAGGCAAGCUGUACAGGCUCUCCAGGCUCUGCAACGACAGCCAAAUGCAGCUCAGUACUUCCAGCAGCUCAUGCUGCAGCAGCAGAUCAGUAGUGCCCAACUCCACAAUUUGGCUGCUGUGCAACAAGCAACUCUUGCAGCUAGCCGCCAGUCUAAUACUCCAAGUAAUAGCAUGUCCCAAGUGCCCACCACUGUGAACCUAAGCACCACCUCUGCCGGAGGGACGAUGACCAGUCCACGUCCACAUGGUCCGGCCACCUCUGCAACGACAACAACUCUCAACCAAUCAGUACUACUGGGUGGAAGCUCAGCGGGACAGGGACAGAUGUAUCUAAGGGUCAACCGCUCUCUUAGGACUCCACUUGCCUCUCAGCUCAUCUUUAUGCCUGGAGGCACAGCAACAGCUACUGUAGCAACAGUUGCCCAGACUCAGCCACAGCAGCAGCAGCAGCAGCAACAGCAGCAGCAUGAAGUUGCUCCUGCAGUUGCAAGUGCGCAGUCUGACAAUGAUCAGGUACAGAACCUGGCUCUUCACUGUGCUUCCACUCCGAAGAAUGUUGCUGUCAAGUCUGAGUUUCCAGAGAGGAAGGAUGCUGCCAACUUUCCUCUCAGUCAGCAGCAACAGACGUAUCCCCAAACAGCUCAGCAGCAGCAAGUGCAAUCACAACAGCAGCAACAAAUUGCCAAAGCUAAUUUUACACAGCAAACAACCACCAACCCAAUGACAGUAAAGACUGGAAACCAGGCUGCCAUGACUGUAACUCCUGCUGCUUCUGUAGCUCCUUCUUCCUCUUCCUCAUCAGCCCUCCCUCUCUCCCAGCUCCUUCUGUCCCCCUCCGCUGCCCCUGUGAUCCUGGUGCCCACCUCAAAUGUUCCUACCUCCACCCAGGGCUACCCCAUCGGCUCGGUGGCACCAAAAGCCAACGUUAACACUCAGACUCUGGUGGUGCAGCCCCUGCAACAGGCCACUAAUGUGGACAAAGGUCCUGUUCCAAUCCAGCCAAAGACAGCUCAGGGACAUCGCUUACCUGUGCAGCUACCCCCUCGACACCCACCUCCCAUUCUCCCAGCUCCACCUAGUAACAGCCAAGCCAAUAUGGGGGGUCACAACCCUCCCCACAUCCCUGUCCAACUAGUGGGAGCCAGACAGGGCUUAGCAGGAAAUGCACAAGCUGUGGCUCUGGCACAGGCACGAAGCAGCACCACCCAGGAAAGUCCAUCUGGUGGGAAUAUCAGCGCAGGCUCCAACAACAGUGCUAUGACAAAGCCUGUCAUUGGUUCUCUGAAGAGAAAAUCUGACUGUGACGUACCAAAUGAGAUGUCAGAGUCUUCAGACCUUGCCCCGAUGAAAGAUUCUGCUCCUCCUUUAUCCCCCGCACCUACAAAGGACUCAGCUCACCUUGUAGAAGCUGCAUUUUCAUCUCCUCCCACCCUCUCGUUGCCUCUGCCCUUGUCAAGAGUUGGACAUGGAGACAGAGAAAGAGCACCUGUUCCACAGGCAGUAGUCAAACCUCAAGUCCUCACUCAUCUUAUUGAGGGUUUUGUGAUUCAGGAGGGAGCUGAGCCCUUCCCUGUCGCUGGACUCCUCAAAGACAGAGAUUUUGCCCUAGUCGGCCGCACAGAGAACGGACCUCCGUUGUUGAAGUGUGAGUACUGUGGAAGCCUCGCUCCAGCUAGCCAGUUCAGAGGGUCGAAGAGGUUCUGUUCUAACACUUGUGCUAAAAGGUAUAACGUAAGCUGCAGCCAACACUUCAAGACCAGCAGAGGGAGGAGUGGUGCAGGGUUGGCGCCACCUCCAGCUCCCACAGAGAGCGCUGCCAGGCGUAGGGGCCCGUCUCGCAGGAACAGCUCCAACAGUGCCUGUAAUAAAAUGUCAAGCAAGCAUCUACCUGUCAAGUGUCACUCCGAGUCCAGUCGCUCAGACGACGUAUCCAGCGACGGGGAAGAAGAGGACGACUCUCCCUCGCUGUCCCCGAGCUCGUCACGCUCCUGCUCAAGAGCCGACCACAGCGCUCCUCAGUCCGACAGCUCAGCGCCUGGAAGCCUCCCACUAGAUGGAGCCAAUUUUCUGUCUGCGACUCCUGCUCAGUGGAGCGUGGAGGAAGUCUGCAGGUUUAUCUCCUCACUCCAAGGUUGUGAGGAGCUGGCUGCCCAGUUUCUGUCCCAGGAAAUAGACGGGCAGGCUCUGCUGCUUUUGCGAGAGGACCAUCUGAUCUCCACCAUGAACAUCAAGCUGGGCCCCGCUCUCAAGAUCUGUGCCUCCAUCAACAGCCUGCGUGAGUGAUGGAGGACGGGAUCGUUUUGUUCAUCCAAACUGGAAACAACACUUGACAGCGAGAGACAGUGAGGAGGGUUUUUUUUUGUUUGUUUGUUUGUUUUUUUUUUCCUUUUUUAACAAAACACAAAUGUGCCCCAUCAGCCAUGCAGAGUCAUGGAGAUGGACAGUUUACUUUCAGGACAUUGAAUGUUCAAAAACAUGUUUGCAAACUGUUAUGUGUGAGUGGUGAGCGGCUGAGUCGAGUCGAGUCUUUGUCCGUUUUUUUCUGUCCGUGUGAGUUUAGACAGGAAACUUUAUUCCUCUGGAUAGAAAACAGGACCGUUGCCUUCUUGCUGUAUUUCACGUGGUGCUUUAACUUUAGUGACAUCAUUCGAUGUGAUGUCAACACCAGUCCAUUACAUUUAUAUUCUUUUAGUAGUGUGCUCUAGUUUUUGCCAUAGGUGAUCAACCCAGGCUCCAAAUACAUUAAAAAAGGACACUUGGAAAGCCUGGCUUUUUAAUUAGUUUAUAGUAUCGUUAUUAAAGGUUUAGUUUUGUAUCUUUUCCCUUUUAUACUACAAUCAGAAUUAUUUUUUCAUGGAUACAAUAUAGUUUUAGUAGCUUUAAUCAACGUAACUACCUGAAAAUAGGUAUUAUUUGGUUUGCUCUCUCAAGGUGGAAGUGCUCUCUGUAUAUGUAUGCAGUACCACCAAUAAACAAUACCUGUUACUGGA